CGAAUCACGGAUAGAUAUUUUGCAGAUAUUUUCAGCAUUUUUCGAGCAGUUGCAAAACCAUCUGGCUGGCAUCUCUGCUUUCAUUCAUUUGUAUGUCUGUUUAGUUUAUGUGCAAGGAUAAUUUUAUUUUUAGUUUCAUGAAUCGACAUUCAAAUAAGCGAAAACACAGUCCAGUUCGCUGGCAAGAUGAAGAUCGCAAACUUCGUGAUAGCCGUUCUCUUUCAAGGAUUAUAAAUCGGAAUCGAAUUUCUUCCAAAGCUGUAGUUUGUAUGCGACCACAACAAGAGAGCAAUAAUGCAAAGGAAUAUCGGGGUAAAUGCUUGGGAGUGUUUGGUCUUAGCAGCGGUACCACUGAGUCCGAUUUGUGUCGCAUAUUCAGAACUUAUGGAUCGAUUGAGCGGGUCUCGAUCGUUCGUAGUCAUGAUACUGGUUUAUCCCGAUGUUAUGGCUUUGUGUAUUUUGAGAAAAGUUACGCAGCUAGGCGCGCUAAAGAGCAAUGCGAUGGCAUACGUUUUGAUCGGCGAAUCAUAAGGGUAGAGUUUUCGAACACGUACAGGCCGCAGAACUGGGAAUCGAGACCAUACAGAGUCGAACUAAGAGAUCGAAAUGUCAAUGCACACCGUGAAAGACAAAUUCGUGUCCACAAACAGCAAUGUACAAAACGAACAGCAUCUCCCAUGGUAAACCAACAUUAUUCGCGACAGUUUGGUCGCAGGUAAAACGCUGAGGUUUUGUAGAAGAUGUCCGUUUAUUUGUCGCUGCACUACAACAAAAUAUCUGAACAAGUUUUAUAGUAAUACAUGGUGGAUUUGUAUUGAACGCCUGCCAUUUAAAAUAAUUUUGCAAUUCUAUAUCUGUUAACCAUGCACUAAAUUCGUUAGCAUCAGUAUGAAUUAGGAUUUUUUUGGACUAUAAGCAGGAGUGAAGUAUAUUUAGGCUUGGAGCAUUAGAAGCAAUAUACUUUUAUUCUGUGCCACAUUUCCCUAAUGUCUACUUGCAUCAGUGUGUAUAAAAACUUACCAAGUCUUCUAGUAACCUUUCAAGUUAAUUCAUAUAGUUUUUGUAGCAGUCAAGUAUAUUGUUCAACAUUUUCCAAAGUCGAGGACAUAUUGAUCAAUAAUAAUCACAGAGCUCCAGUACUUUCACUAAAAAACUAUCAAUCAGAAUAAAAUGCUUACAACAUUCAA